GUAACGGAAAUAGGUAUCUUGUGACAAUGGAGAGAUUGAGUCACCAAAGAUCCAUAGCUACACCCAAUAAAAGUACAAAUGACAAAGAGGUUAUAAUUAAGGGUAUAGUUAGCAGAUAUGAUUCUACGAUUAAUCAGUUUAGGGACUACAGAAAAACAUCUUUGAAUCUGGGGAAAUAUACUAAAAACUUUAAUGCAGCUCCACAAGAAAGAAUGCAAAGUAAAACAAUAAAAAAUGCCGAAAAUAAUGGUAGUUGUUGGUAUGACACUCUCAAAAUCGCAUUGGUCACUAUUCUUCUUGGGCAAUUGUUUUUCUCAAGCGGAGAGAACUCUAAGAGAAGCUUCUUUGCUGUGAAUUGGAUGAGGAAUGUACAGAUGUUUUGAACUAGCUACUAGAAUUUCCAAACAUUGGUAACGACUUAGCUACUCCCUUGGACAACUCUAUGGAUAAUAUAUAUUAUGUAGCAUUGUAGAUUAAAUAAAAAUAAUUUAAUGAUCA